AUGGAAAAGCGGUUGGUCCUAACCGCGGUGGCACCACAACUGCGCGGAAUCGUGGGAGAACUGGGAAUCGGAAUGACAAUGAACAACGCAAACAGAAACAUCAACUUCCUCGCCCUCACUGAUAGAGGCACUAGCACCGCCUACACGAGCGCAUGCUUCCAAUGGGAAAGGAAGCUGCGCGCAGAUUUUUCCA